UGUAUAUCUCCUAUCGGAUCGGACCCCACUUUAUCUUUAUUUUUGGGGGUCGUGAUUAUUAUUUAUUAUUACAGUAGUACUAAGAAGACUAUAAGUAGUUUUGUUGGCCUUUUCUUUCCCACUUUUAUUUCUUCUCUUCUUCUACUUUGACAUACACUACUCAUCCCACUUUACUUUCCUCUACUCUACUCUACUACCCCUCCCCUAUCCACAAAAGAAACUCCACCCAAAAUGGACUUCCUCAAGAACAUGGCCGAAGAAGUCAUCGAAAAGAAAUUCGGUGGCGGCGGCGGCGGCUCCUCCUCUUCCCAACAACAGCAACAAUCCUACCAGAGCGAAUCCUACGGUCGUCAGGAAUCCUACGGCAGUGGUGGAUAUGGCGGCGAGUCCUACGGUCGUCAAGAGUCCUACAGUCGUCAGGAGUCUUACGGCGGCGGUGGCUACGGAGGUGGUGAGGGCUAUGGCCGUCAAGAAUCCUACGGUCGUCAAGAGGGAGGAUACGGCGGUGGCAGCGGCUAUGGUGGUGGCUACGGCGGUGGUGAGGGCUAUGGACGCCAGGAGGGCGGAUACGGCGGCGGUUAUGGCGGUGGUGGUGAGGGUUAUGGCCGCCAGGAGGGAGGAUAUGGUGGUGGCUACGAGUCCCGUCAGGAAGGUGGAUACUAUGGUGAACAGCAGCAACAGCGCCCUGACCACAGUCGACGCAAUAUGGCGCUGGGUGUUGGUGCCGGAGUGUUGCUUGGUGGAGCGGCGGUUGUUGGGGGGGAGAUGAUUCAUGAUAAAUGGGAGGAAGACAAGGAGGAUAUUAAGGAAGAUGUGGAGGACUUCCCUGAGGAUGCGGCUAGAUGGACGGGUGAGAAGGUCGGUGAAGUCGAAGAGAUCCCCGAUCGCAUCGAGCGCAAAUGGGACAACGCUGUUGAUGAUGUCGAGGAAAUCCCUGAGGAUGUGGCCGGAUGGGCUGGCGAGAAGGUCGGAUCUGUGGAGCGCUUCGGUGAUAAUAUGGAGGAUGCGUAUGAUGAGGGCAAGUAUGAGGGUCGUGAGGAUAGUUGGUAGAUCGGAUGAUCUUUUAUCAUAUUAGUUUGGUCCUAUUUGUUGGGUUAUAAACAUAUUUUGUCAAUUGAGUUGAUUACAGAAUUACUCGAUGUUGCAUCUGAGAUAAUUAUACUUGG